AUGUCUCGGAAGGCACAGUGUCCUUUUGCUGUUCGCUCCGGAGGCCAUUCCACCACCCCGGGGUCAUCAAAUAUCGAGGAUGGUAUUGUGAUCGAUCUUCGCGGCUUUAAUGAAGUUGAAUUGUCCCGAGACAAGAAGAUUGCUGUCGUUGGCUCAGGGGCCAAGUGGGCUGAAGUUUAUCAGUUCCUUGACCAGCACAAGUUGACGGUCAUCGGAGGCCGCGACCCCCAUGUUGGCGUUGGUGGCCUGACUGUUGGUGGCGGAAUCUCGUUCGUGUCCUCGUUUGGUGGAUUUGCUUGUGAUAACGUCCUGAAGUAUCAUAUCAUGAUGGCCGACGGCCAGAUCCUGAAAGUCACCCACCAAUCCCAUCCACUUCUGUACUUUGCUUUGCGUGGCGGCGGCAAUAACUUUGGCAUUGUCCUCCACUUUGAAUUUCAAACCUACUCUCUCGGCGAUUUCUGGGGUGGCCGACUUAUGUACCGUCCGGAAGCCAACGAAGCGAUCAGCCGUGGACUUGCGUUAUACAAUGAGAGGGCACCGGAGGACCCCAACCUCGCCAUCAUCACCACCUUUGGAACUCGAGCAGGAAACCCGUUCAACAAUGUCUUCUUCCACUACUCUAAACCCAUCGCAUAUCCACCCAUCUUCAACGAGACCUUCAAGGACCUCCUUGAGUUUGAACCGGUGAUGAAUCGUCUGCGUAUCGCCAGUAUGUCGAAUCAUACCACGGAGCUCGGAGCGGGUGGCAUGACAGGCAACUAUAAUCAACUGUUCCUUACUCUCACCAUUAAGAAUAAUGCGGAAAUCCAGGAUCGCAUGACAGCUAUUCUGGCUGAGGAGACCAAGAAGGCUGAGACCCAGAUCUUUCAAUCCAUUGCCUCCUUCCAGCCUCUCACAACUCCGAUUAGCUCACAUUUCUCCAAGAAAGGUGGAAACGCGCUUAAUGUCAGCCCUAACGAUGGGCCACUGAUCGGCAAGUUUCACAUAUCCACCUUGUGUUGGGAAGCGAAGUUUCAUGCAUGA